AAUUUAGAUGUGUUGUUUUGCUGAGUGUGCAUGGGCACCGCCGAUAUCACUGCAUGCUGCGCGCUUAUGUUACCGCUUGUACCGGUGUGCGCGGCUACCGUCGCUCCGCUGUCCCGUUCAGCCCAACUCACAGCCGUGUAAAGGGCAGCAGGCUGGUAUUGCUGAAUCAUCACGAUCCAGUCGUCAUCCAGACAAAUUCAAGAGCAUGCUCUUCCGAGACCGGCUCGGUCACCGGAACGACCACGCCGACCGACCAACCGGCGCUCUCAUAACAACACAGACAAAGGGGGAGUACGUUACGUACGGCUGUCAAGCUUAACGAGAAGCCAUGUGUCGGAAUUAAACACCGUGUAGGGAGUUCUGUCUGUGCCGGUGUUCCGCCCGGGGAUUCCCUUGUUUUGUUGUCAGUAAAUUGAUAUUUAAAAAGGUGAAAGUAGGAAGAGUCGAGAUAACAUAUGAACAUAGAGUAACAACUUAAGGUAGCGGGAGACCCCUACAACAACAGAUGACCUGAUGGUAGCUCCUCCGGCUGUCCUCUCCUCGAGGUGCUGAAGCGGCAGCGGGUCAGACCGACUCGUCGUCCGUCGCCUCUUCACAGGUCUGUUCAGAAGAGCAAGGCUCUUGUGGUAUGACGACGACUAACAAAGGAAAUAAAGCCUUAAAGGUGAAGCGAGAGCCGGGGGAGAAUGGCACCAGCCUCACAGACGACGAGCUGGUGACCAUGUCUGUGCGGGAGCUGAACCAGCACCUCAGAGGGCUCACCAAAGAGGAGAUCCUGCAACUCAAACAGCGGCGACGCACCCUGAAGAACCGGGGCUACGCAGCCAGCUGCCGGGUGAAGCGUGUCACCCAGAAGGAGGAGCUCGAGAAGCAGAAGGCCCAGCUGCAGCAGGAGGUGGACAAACUGGCCAAUGAGAACGCUUCGAUGCGCGUUGAGCUGGACGCUCUGAGGUCUAAGUACGAGGCGUUACAGACCUUCGCCAGGACUGUGGCACGGAGCCCCACUGUCGGGGUCGGGGUCAGAGGUGGAGGUGGUGGAGGAGGGGGAGGGGUGCCGUCUUCAGUCAUUGGUCCUCUUAUACCGGGGAAAGUGGCAACGGCAACUGCAACAAGCGUGAUCACGAUAGUGAAGUCAAAAACAGACGCCCGGUCUUGAGGGAGGGAAAGAUAGAUGGUGGUGGAGAGAUGGAGUGAUUUUUAUUCUCUGCUGGCUGCCUCUCUUCCAGCUGCACUGAACCAAACAGCUGAGCAGCCUUGAUUAGUUUACCUUAGCACGGCUCCGUCACCUGUCACAGAUCAGUGCAGCUGAAGGAAAGGAUGAAAGCAGAGGAAGAUUAUUGAGUCUAUACUGAUGCAAGCCCAUGGUCAGAAUGUGGUCAUUUAGCACAGGACAGAUACACAGACAUACACAGGGUUCCUCCAACCACUGAAAGCCGGCAGGCUAAGGGAAUGAAGCGUUUUUAAAAAUGUUAAUAUCUAAAACAGUUUCAAGUGUUACGUGUAAAGUUCACCUGCUGGUAGAUCUAGAUGUCUAGAAGUGCAGAAUAGUGGUGUAACACAUGUGUACACUAGAUUUGAACUAAAGUGGAAAACAUUUAAAUCCCUAAACGACAUUUGUACUGGAAUCAAAAUGACGUUAUUAGUUUAUUAAUAGUAAAGUCACUGGAUUAGAGCAAACAGUUUAGUGUCCCUAACUUUGGAAAGAAAGUGUUCAUGUGACCAGCUGAUGUCAGUGGCGGCACAAAAGUCCCAUCGUGCUCCAUCUAGCCAAGAAAUGUUCAGAAUAUAUGGAUGGAAAAUUAUAUAUUACACAAUGGUGGUAACUGUAUUUCUACUGUUUUGUACCGUGUUGUCAUUCACAUGAGGUCCAAAGUGUGUUCUCUGUGUGUCAAUAGUGAUAUAUCAGGAAUUCUGUGAAAUUCUGUGGCGCGUGUUCGUUUUGGUAUUGCUAUAUUUAAUCAGCUGUUUCUUUUUCUAUGGUCUCUUCUCUUUCUAUGUUCAACCCUCUUUCUCUGAGCUAUCCUCUCUCUGUCCUCCCAUCUUUCAAACCCGACUGGUUUCUAAUUAUUACACACAUUUCCUGGAUCUAGUAGAAAGAGGCAGGGAAAGUAACAUUUAGUAACAGCCAAAAACAACAAACGGAAACAAAACAUAAAGGAGAGAAAGUUACUGACCUUUUCUCAGUUUGUAAGACUUUUCAGGGAAAUGGUGGUUUGAACCCGAGAGCUGAAUUAACAUCAAGUUGUCUUACAGUCUGUUUGAGUUUCUCUCUUCAGUACACAAAGUCAUUUGAAGGGCAAGUGCCUUGAUCUCCUAAUGAUACGCAUCAAGGCGAAGUCAAGAGGACAUGGAUGGACAGUGGUACCUGUGCUUAAUGAAAUACACUGACCAAUCAGGAAUCAGCUUGUGACAGCAUUGAACUCUGGCUGUGCGUUGUUGUAUGAGCUGUGUAAUACCCGUCAGGCAUUUAAAACUCCCAUUUAUGUGACUCUGAAGUUCAUUCACUUUGACAAGAAGAAAAAAGAUCCCAGCUUUUUGAAUAUCUUUCAUGAUAUUUUUUUUUUAUUUGACUGUCUGCUGACAUUUAAGUUAUGAUGUAGAUUAGUACACCUACAUGAAAAUUUCAGCUUCAAAACACACUGGUUUAUUCCUCCUGCUUUCAGCCACAUAGCUCCCUUUGAGGUGCAGAUCUGCAAUGAAAGCAAAGAUAUUUGAAUUUCCAGUCACACAAAUGGGCUGUCAUGUCACUCGAGUUUGACCAUAAAGUAGUGUUAUGUGUCGUUCUAUACUCAAAGAAUCUUUGUCUAUGUAUGGAGUCUGGUUUUUAUAAUGACAAUUAUCUUUGCAUUGUUUGUAACGACCUGUAAAAAAAGUCUAACAAAUCUGUUUGAUAUACAGUAUCUCUCUAUUUUGCAAUUGUACCAAAAGUGGCUUAACUACUGAAUAGCUUUGUUUUUUCUCUAGUGACUAGGCACGUGUGUGUAACCGUGAACUAGUGUGUGCUGUGCUGUGUAGGUGUGUGACGAGGUAACUAUAACGUUCACUAUUUCAUAGACAUGACUUUGAUCAUUGUUUGAUUUCAGGCCGGAGUGGGUGAUGACACUGUGGGUAACUGCUACGUCUUUUUGAUCAUGAAACCGUUUUCUUUUCUUUUUUUUCAACUCUCAGCGCUGCAGACGUGUUAGAUCGAGUGUUCAUCAGCUUGAAAUCUAAACUUUUGAUUUAUAAAAUGUAAGUUUGGCAGGUCCAGUGUCUGUAUUUAUACACAGUCAUGUGUGACUUUGUUUUUUUCGUGCUCUGUUUAAAAGUUGGUUCAUUCAGAUAAAAUGACGGCUGAGAUGAGGAAGUGCUCUGGUUAACCUCACAAGCUUCAUGAUAUUUGUGUAUUCAGGUCAUCAGAGAUGUGAAACUAAACAAUGGGCCUGUAAAGCUGCAUCACACUGCUCCUUCAUUAAGUUAUUUUUGUAAUGUGUGACAAACUGUGUACAUUUGAUAUAUUUAUGUAUAUAUAACGUUGUUCCUGUUUGUUUUUUGAACUGUUCUGUGUCAGGGAAGUGAAGCAAAUUUGUAAAUGUCUUUGGUGUUUUAUGAAGUGAUCAAAAUGUAUUCUGGUAUUUAAUUGUUUUUUCUGUCAAAUAGUUAGGUUUACCUUAAAGGUACAAUUGCCUCUGUCUGUGUUUCACUAAAAUAUACCUGAUGUAAAUGGACUGAUUGAUUGAAAUAGGAGCAUUUUACAGCGAUGAGAACAGUACAUGAAUGCCACCUUUUACGUGGAGCGUUACUUUCCCACUGUGAAGUAAAAGGGUUGUCCUCUCUACUGCUGUGCAGUUAUUACCAUGAUUACAGUGAGUCUUCGUCUGUACCCCACAUUCUUAAUCAUUACAAACAAUUGAACAACGAGCAAAAGUAUUGAAAGUGGAAACAGUUCUAGAGCUGGUAAUAUUAUUUUUUUUAUAAUCUUAACACGAAUAACCAUUCACAUAUUCAGUCGACUGUGAAAUCAGAGAGCAGCGAGUGUCAAAUGAAAAUGUCUGACAGAAGCGAAAAAGGAUAUUUUGUGAUCAAACCCAGUAAAUGUAUGUUUUCAAACGUGCCCUGUUUUUAAUUAUUUAAUUUUCUACUGGAGUUUGUUUCCUGUUCCUCCGCUUUCCCACUGCUUCUGUCUGUUCCUGUAUUUUUCGGUGACUGAUGUUUUCACCUGGGAAAGUUUUGCAUUGUGUGUGUGUGUGUCUGUGUGUGUCUGUGUGUGUGUGUGUGUGUGUGUGUGUGUGUGUGUGGGGGGGGUAUCAAAUAGGAUGACACUUUUGCCAAGAUCAGGUUGUGUCUAGUUAAAGUGAAAAUAUGAAACCUCAUGGUGCUUGUGAACGUGAAAACACAGUCAGACAUUAUGUUUCCAUCUCUGUAUACUGUUGUACUCCUCUGUUUCCUUACUGUUCAGACAUCAACCUGGUGGCUGCUGUUGAAUAGACACAUCUAAAAACUGUUUGGGGCUAAAUUAGACCUCCUGCAACUCAGGAGCUGAUGCUGUCGUGGUGUCUUUGUCAAGAUGUUUAUAAUGCAGGUCGUGUUAAUUGACGAGGUUAAAGAGCUGAGUGUUUUGAAAGUGUGUGUACGUCAGAUUGUAGUUUGGGUUGUAGAUUUCAUUGCUUUUUUUAGCAUCACUUGACAAAUAACUGUGAAAACACAAAAUGCGUUUUAAGUCGAGAAAACGACUCGAUGAAAAAAAGGGUUCAGAGGACAUUAAGAAUAUAUCAUUCAAGUCUUCCAGACUUCAGUAUCUUGUGGCUUUAUAGGUCCAGUGUGAAACAUUACAGAGGUCUCUUCCUGAUUGUCAAUCAGCACAUAUGAUCAGCUGACAAAAGCAAACCUCUACUGAUUAUCAGACAAGCCGGCCUGCUGGCUUUUCAUAACAGAGUUUAAGAGGUUGUGGGACGCGCCGACCUUAUUCUUUAACAGGGGUCAUACCCUCCUUAUCAAAAGGCUUUUCAUCACAGACCCAAGCAACUGCUCCUAAACCACAUCUAUAAAUAUUUUACAGAGUCAGAGAGGAGUGGUGGAAACCCAUCCGAUAAACUCGUCUCACUCCACUUCUUCCCAACCCUUUUUUUUUUUACAAAGUAUCGGUGAGUUAACUCAGCAGGCAGCCGAGCCCCUUCUUGAAAACAUGCGAUUCUUCUGGAAGAUGCAAAUCAUUAACCCCUUAUCUUGCUGCUUGGCCAAUCAGUGUGACAUUCUUCAGUUGUUUUCCUGUACAGUGAAUCACGCCACUGCACUCUAAAAGCCCUUUCACCCACCUCAAACACAGAUCGAUGAGAGUAAAUGAACCGAGGAUUCCUUUGAUCGUUUGUUUGGCUAUUUCAUCAAUAAUGAUGUUUGUUUUGCCUCUUAAGUUCCUCCUUCACUUUACUCUCUCUCUGCUGUUUUAUGAGCUCUACAGCCUCUAACAAGGAAGAUUUAAGCUUCUACAUCACAUUAACUUAUUUUUAUUUCUUCUAUUUUAAUUUAGAACAUUUUGUUCCCACCAAACCACAGGUGUCCACUCGUGAGCGUUAAGCUAAGUUGGGCUAUUUGUGUUGUGAAAAGUGAAAAAGUGUCAUUUUUUAAAGCUUUAGGAAAGUAGUGAGUUUGUGUGAAAAGCCCUUAUAAGAAAAAAAAUCAGUGUUUUGUAAUAUUUCUGUAUGGGGUGUAAACAAUUAUUCUAUGACAGUACUUUCUAUGGGAAAAUGCUUACAUUGUGACAGUCUUUGUAUUUAUCUUCAACUAAAUUAUUGUACCUUUUUUUUGUUGCAAUUUGUAGAUAUUUAAGUGAUGAUGACAACGUAUUGGUAAUCUUGAAAUUAACUGUUUCAUCAUCGGUCUGAUGCAUCUCUUAAUUUAUUGAUGUAUAUACUGUAUGUUUGUUGAUAAACAGCUUACUUUAUUUUGUAUAUGACCAAUAAAAACCUUUUCAAAAUGAA